UUCAGUUUCCCCCGCGCUAUCCGCAACCUUCGAUUAUCGGAUUAUACCCUCUCAUAACUUAGGAUAGUGGAGUUACUGCUAUAAUUAAAGCAUCGACCCCUAUCGCCCAACGUUACCCUGGUGCCCCCAAUCACUGUACCUCGGUAGCACCAGGAGCCUUGCCCAAGCAACAAGAUCUAGAGUAGAGGCUAUUCCAUACCGAGUGUAGCUUAACUGGAGAAUACUUGCCAAAAUGGCAUCCUCAGACACAUCGCUUCGAUGGAAACAUCUAUACAGAGUCCUGACCACGUCUGGUCCCUUCAGCGAUGAGGACUGGGUCCCUGGUCAAGAGACGAUAAGCGCUCUGGAGUCAUCAAAAGUUCUGGUCAUAGGAGCUGGAGGUCUAGGCUGCGAGAUCCUGAAGAAUCUUGCCUUAUCAGGCUUCAAAGACAUUCAUGUCAUUGACAUGGAUACAAUCGACAUCUCAAACCUGAACAGACAGUUCUUGUUUCGUCAAUCAGACAUCGGCAAGCCUAAAGCUGAAGUUGCUGCCGCGUUUGUAGAAAAGCGGGUCAAAGGCGUCAAGAUCACCCCGUACGUAGGAAAGAUCCAGGACAAAGACGAAGAGUACUACAUGCAGUUCAAGAUUGUCGUCUGCGGUCUGGAUAGUAUUGAAGCUAGACGAUGGAUCAACUCCACGUUGGUCGGAAUGGUCGAUUUCGAGGACCUAGAAAGUCUCAAGCCGCUCAUUGAUGGUGGAACGGAAGGAUUCAAGGGCCAGGCGCGUGUGAUCUUACCUACACUCUCUUCUUGUAUCGAGUGUCAGCUCGACAUGCAUGCCCCUCGACCUGCCGUCCCACUCUGCACUAUCGCUACUAUCCCUCGCCAACCCCAGCACUGCAUCGAAUGGGCACAUCAGAUUGCCUGGCAGGAGAAACGCAAAGACGAACCGUUCGACACCGACGACAUGGAGCACAUCGGCUGGGUUUACAACACCGCUCUCGAGCGCGCCAAGCAGUUCAACAUUCCCGGCGUCACCUUCCAAAUGACCCAGGGAGUAGUGAAAAACAUCAUCCCGGCGAUCGCCUCGACCAACGCCGUGAUCGCAGCCGCGACUACCUCCGAGGCAUUGAAGAUCGCCACCUCGUGCAACCCCUACCUUGAGAACUACAUGAUGUACGCGGGCGAGGAGGGUGUCUACACCUACACCUUCGAGGCAGAGAAGAAACGAGACUGCCCUGUGUGUGGAAACCUGGCACGGAAAUUGACGGUGGAUCCGAACAUGACGCUGGAAGAGUUCAUCGAGACGCUGGGAGAGCGGCCGGAAGCCCAGCUGAAGAAGCCUAGUAUGAGAACAGAGGAGAAGACGCUCUACCAACGGUUUCCGCCCCAGUUGGAGGAACAGACUCGACACAACCUGAAGCUCAAGCUGAACGAGUUGAUUGAGAAUGGUCAAGAGAUCGCAGUCAGUGACCCGGCGUAUACGAUCGAUUUCCGCUUCCGAUUGGUAUUCCAAUAAAUGGGCGAAUGAUCCGUCUCGAGAUAGACCUGCGACUACAUAUGAAGAGUCCCUGAUGCUGCUAUGAUCAUCAUCAAGACCUAGGAAGUCAAAUCUGCUUUUUCUAUCUCAAAAGAUCCCAGUCCAGACUCCCAGCAAUUGUAAAGAAGGUUGUCACCAACUUUUCGUAAAUGUACAAAAUCAACAAGACAUCCAACGCCAGGCCAAUGCAU